AUGGCCGGACCAGGACGUAGUCAACCCUGCUUUGCCUGUCCUCCUUUCGGAGUCGCCUUUGGGACGGUCUGCGGUGCCUCAGACUGUUCUCCGGUUGUGAACUCUAAUGAUCGCCUCUCUUGUUACAGGUUUCCGGUUGCAAGAUCAAGUUGUGGUCUACUGAUACUCAAUGGUUGCUAG